CUCAUUCUCCCUUUACCCGUAGGUGAACCGAUAGCCACUGAAUGAGGACGAAAAGUUAAGAGAUUAAACCAAUAUGAACCAUCGUUGCUCGUAGCAGUGCCGUAUCCAGAGCAGAGCAUUAUCCGGCGAGCAUCCCCGCAGGAAUGGAGUCGGUAAAACAAAGGAUUUUGACUCCCGGCAAGGAGGGAUUGAAGAAUUUUGCUGGAAAAUCUCUUGGCCAACUCUACAGAGUCCUAGAGAAGAGGCAGAAGCCCGGGGACACCAUCGAGCUGACCGAAGAUGGAAAGCCCAUGGAAGUGCCCGAAAAGAAAGCGCCGUUGUGCGACUGUACCUGCUUCGGGCUGCCCCGGAGGUACAUCAUUGCCAUCAUGAGCGGACUGGGAUUCUGCAUUUCCUUCGGGAUCCGAUGUAACUUGGGAGUGGCCAUCGUGGAUAUGGUCAAUAACAGCACCAUACACCGAGGAGGAAAAAUUAUUAAAGAGAAAGCGAAGUUUAAUUGGGAUCCUGAAACAGUUGGCAUGAUCCACGGCUCUUUUUUCUGGGGAUACAUAAUCACCCAGAUCCCCGGAGGGUACAUCUCAUCUCGGCUGGCAGCAAACAGACUGAUUAACGGAGUGACUGACCAGCAUCAGCUAACCUGUGGCACACCCAUUCCCCAGGGGGUCACCUACCCUGCCUGCCACGGAAUUUGGAGCAAGUGGGCCCCCCCAUUAGAGAGAAGUAGAUUAGCAACCACUUCCUUCUGUGGUUCCUAUGCAGGAGCUGUCAUUGCAAUGCCUUUAGCUGGGAUUCUAGUGCAAUACACUGGGUGGUCUUCUGUGUUCUAUGUGUAUGGGAGCUUUGGUAUAGUCUGGUACAUGUUUUGGCUUUUGGUUUCAUAUGAGAGUCCUGCAAAGCAUCCUACAAUCACAGAUGAAGAAAGGAGAUACAUAGAAGAAAGCAUUGGAGAGAGUGCCAACCUCCUAGGUGCAAUGGAAAAAUAUAAAACACCAUGGAGAAAAUUUUUUACAUCUAUGCCAGUCUAUGCAAUAAUAGUUGCAAACUUCUGUAGAAGCUGGACUUUUUACUUGCUGCUAAUUAGUCAGCCUGCUUACUUUGAGGAAGUGUUUGGAUUUGAAAUAAGCAAGGUGGGUAUCUUAUCUGCUGUGCCGCAUUUAGUGAUGACAAUUAUUGUUCCUAUUGGGGGACAAAUUGCUGACUUUUUAAGAAGCAGACAGAUUGUAUCAACGACUAAUGUGAGAAAGAUAAUGAACUGUGGAGGUUUUGGUAUGGAGGCAACUCUUCUUCUCGUGGUGGGAUAUUCACACAGCAAAGGAGUGGCUAUUUCAUUCUUAGUGCUUGCUGUAGGUUUUAGUGGAUUUGCCAUAUCUGGAUUCAAUGUCAACCAUUUAGACAUUGCCCCAAGGUAUGCUAGCAUUUUAAUGGGGAUUUCUAAUGGAGUCGGGACCUUGUCUGGAAUGGUUUGCCCUAUAAUUGUUGGAGCAAUGACAAAGAACAAGACACGUGAAGAAUGGCAGUAUGUCUUCCUCAUUGCUGCUUUAGUUCAUUACGGAGGUGUGAUCUUCUAUGGCAUAUUUGCUUCAGGAGAGAAACAACCCUGGGCAGACCCUGAACAGACAAGUGAAGAGAAAUGUGGCUUUAUUCAUGAAGAUGAACUAGCUGAAGAGACAGGGGACAUUACUCAGAAUUAUGUAAAUUAUGGUACCACCAAGUCUUACGGUGCUACAACCCAGGUGAAUGGUGGCUGGCCUAAUGGCUGGGAGAAAAAAGAGGAAUUUGUACAAGAGGAAGUACAAGACUCAUACAACUACAAGGAAAGAGAUUAUUCAUAA